CGCCCGUGUCUUGUUUUCUUGGGGACAAUUAAUGAUGCCGUACCUUAAGCGCCACGGUUUAAACUUUCCUCACAAGACUGUAUCUGACGGAAUGAGUUAUAAAAAAUAUUAGCUAAUACUAUAUUGCAGGCACAAUCAAUUGAAAAUGAAAUUCCGAGCUAAGAUGAUAGACGUGGGCUGCCUUAAUAAUUUUACUCGUGUGGUGAAUACCAUCUCGAAAUUGACGAAGACUUGCACGCUGCGACUCACCACUGACAACCUGUUUUUCAUGCUUUCUGACAAAGUGGCGAAUGGGGGCGUCAGUAUGUGGUGCGAGUUAUCGCAGGCUAACUUCUUUGAUGAGUUUCAACUGGAAGGAGUGUCAGCGGAGGCCAAUGAGAUCUACCUGGAGCUCCAGCCUGAGUACAUGUCCAGGGCUCUGAGAACAGCCCAAAACGCCAAGUCCCUGAAGGUCAAGCUGACCAAGAAGCACUGUCCCUGCCUCACCCUGGCAGCUGAACUGCCGUCCCUGUCGAGUGCCAGUCGCCUCGUCACCCACGACAUUCCCGUAGACGUCAUUCCCAGAAGACUGUGGCAGGACUUCAAGGAGCCCAGCGUUCCCGACUUUGACGUGAGUAUCUACCUGCCACCUCUGAAGACUAUGAAGAAUGUGGUGGAUAGAAUGAAGAACCUCUCAAACCACCUGGUGCUGGAGGCUAAUCUAAAUGGUGAGAUGAACCUGAAGAUUGAAACAGACCUGGUUUCCGUCUCCACGCAUUUCAAAGAUCUCGGGAACCCUUCCUGGAGCGAUGAGGCUUCUCAGGGCCCGAGUCAGGCCAGGGCCCCUGAAACCAUGGCACAUGCUCGGGUCGAUAUUAAGAAGCUCCAGCAGCUCCUCACCGGCCAGCAGGUCAACCCCAGCAAGGCCAUGUGCAACAUUGUCAACAAGAGGAUGCUUCACUUCAUUCUGCUGCAUGAGGACGUCUCUCUGCAGUACUUCAUCCCCGCAAUGGCCUGAGAAGAGGAUUCUGGGAUACGAGAACCCGGAGAAGCACCAAAACUGUGGCUGAAGGACAGAUGAUGCACGUGGGGCCUGUGGCUAUUCCGGCUCCACUGUGGAGCCAGCACCAGCCACCAUUGCGGCUCCACUGUGGAGCCAGCACCAGCCACCAUUGCGGCUCCACUGUGGAGCCAGUACCAGCCACCAUUGCGGCUCCACUGUGGAGCCAGCACCAGCCACCAUUGCGGCUCCACUGUGGAGCCAGCACCAGCCACCAUUGCGGCUCCACUGUGGAGCCAGCACCUGCCACCAUUCCGGCUCCACUGUGGAGCCAGCACCUGCCGCCAUUCUGGUUCCACUCAUCUUCAGGUCCAUGUAGAACCAGCAGUUCCACUGGAGACAUGGCAUUCAUUAACUUUCAUGUUCUGGGAAAAGAUAUCAGCUUUGAAUUCAAGUGAAAUUUAAAGGGGAUUGUUCCUUUAUAAAAUCAACCUUGUCAUCCUGAUCUUGAAUGGAGCGCUUUGUUAUUGAUGGCUGUUGCACUGUAAAGUACAUUUGGUUUGAAAUAAAGCUGUGAUUUUGUCUGUAA